AGCUCCAGCCUCCCUCCGCCACCACUCGCCGCGCUGCAGAGCCGGGAAGGGAGCCCGACGCCUCCUUCUGCCCGCCCGCCCGCCCGCCGAAGCGGAAGGGAUGGUUGACGGAUGAGAGCUUUUGCUUGCCUCGGUCAGUUCCAUGAAGGCCUCAGCGGGCUUGGGGGCUCCCUCGCAACGCAAAGGGAGAGUCUACAGGAUCAAGGCCACGGCUUCCUUUGUGGACGAAUCGCUCUUCGGUAACCAAGGAAAGCACCAACCGUCUGGCCCGGAGUUUGAACCACCCUGGAAGGAGGCCAAGACUCAUGGUCAAAGACCCCUGCUAUGGAGCCCGGAGGCCAGACGGGUAGAUUCCAGUCCUUUGAAAUCCCCCCAGUCGGUCAGCACCCCACGGAAGAGGAGUAAAUACAGAUUGAAAAGCCACACGCCAUCCUAUUGCGACGAGACUCUCUUUGGGUCCAAGCCGGGAGGACAUGGAUGGACAGCUUCCUGGGCCACCAGAGAAGAUGUGGCUAAACUCCGUCCUCUGCUCUGGACUCCGCCUUCAGCUCCAAGAGACCGGCCAGUCCUUUCCCACCGUCCACCGAAGGAGGUGGUGGCCUCCACGGGGAACGGCAGAUUUGAAGCCAAUCACAAAGCAGGAACCUCUGCUUGGAAGCCACCUGAGAAUCCUUCAGACGGGGCCACGAGAAGGCCACCUUCCCAGUCCCUCACCAGACUGUAUGAUUCUUCCGAUCGAUUUUGCCCAGGAAGAUCCCAUAAACAGCAGGACCAACGUACGCCCACUGCUUCUUCUGGAGUUCUUCUCACUCCACGUUGGAAAGCGUUGCCUGGUGCAUCUGCUCGGACAACAGGUUCACAGCCCGAAAAACCUCCCUGGAGGUAGACUAGCCCAACCCAUCCUGUUGUAUCUCUCUUUUAAAGAUCUCCCAUCCAUGACUUCUGGUGCUUUGGACAAUAAGUUGACCCCCCACCCCCCUUCUCUGGGACAGCCCCUCAAGUACUAGAAGGCAGCUGUCAUAUCACCCCCUCUACUGUCUCUCCGAUAGGCAAGUCCUAACUAGCAUCCUCAACCACUAGUGGAUUUCGAACCCAGAUCCUUCAUCAUCAUUGCGGUUCUUCUGGAAGACGCUAAGAGCGUUUGUGUAAAUGUAGAGUAUGUUUUGUCCCCGAUGGUUUGUUUGACAGUAUCUUGGUUUCCAGCGUACUUUUUAAAAUUAGUGUUUAAAACAAAGUCGGAUGGAGCUUGGCUGGGAUAGAAAGGGGGGGGGGGAAUUGGCUCCUGCUUUGAUUUGCUUCGUUGUCGUUAGUGAAUAAAUGGCAAUGGGCCAAGUUGACACAACAUAUCACAUUAUAUAAACAAACAAAACCACUUUUUUCUGUGCCUGUUUUUUGUCGUCAUCCUCCUCCUCUCUGCACACCCCACUCCCUUCU